GAUUGGGAUCUGCAGCUAGAAAGAAACCGAGGCCUCCUGUCUCAGUUGGCUCAGUUGGUCCUAUCUCUGUAGCAUCCCUUGCCCAUUCCAAUACCUCCCCUCCCUUGGGGUCCCAGUUGUCACUAAACAGGGUGAGUCUAUGGGACCUCUUCUCCUCCAUCACCUCAGUCAGGCUCCAGUGGUCAUCCGCCUGAUUUUGCCCAGGCCCCUGGCACCCAGAAACCACUUUAAGUUGACAGGCUGUGCACACGUGCCCAGAGGUCUGCUGUGCCAGCCAAGGGCUCCCUUGGUCCCCACCAUAGCGUCUGGCCAGGCACUGUCUCUCCUCACUUGUCUAUGCCUACCUGGCUCUCAGUCUGUCUCUUGUGUUUUUCUCAGGCAGCAGAGGCCAAAGGGGACAAGAGAUCUCCCUCAGACUCACACACUAGGCUUGAAUCAAAACACCACGAAGGAGGGGUAUGAGAGAAGCCCAAGUCUGAGGACCAAGCAACAAAACCGGGGCAUCUCUUGGGUCCCUCACACCCUAAUGUCAUCUAUAGGGGAGGCGGCGUUGCCCUUGGGGUUCUUGUGAGGGAUUCACGUACCCCCUGCAUCCUGUGCUUUAUCUAAUGUGCAGCUUGGCUGUCAUCCACAAGGUGUUCUGGGGAGAUUGGAUCUUGUUAUUCUGGGGCCUCAGGCCCUGGGCCAGGCUGCAGGAGGGCAGAGGGGCAAUAAGUGGAGCCUGGGGGGCAGAGCUGAGGCCCACAUGCUUCCCAGCCUUGGAUGACUUAGUCAAGGCGAUGCCUGUCUCCAAUCAGGAUCCAGGGAUAUGAUCCCCCUUAAGCCGUAGACAAAGCUGUGGGUACAUAACCUGGGAGAAGGGUGGGCAGAGGGGGACAUAGCAGAGAUUGGGAGAGCAGCUAUCAGGGAGAAGGGACCUGAGGUAUUUCUGGAUCUCACAGAUGGAGGGAAACUCAAAAGUUACUUCCCUGCUGCUUCCUGUCUCCCUCCCCUAAAACUUUCCCCACUUGACUCGGGUUCCAUGAGCAAGUAAGCACUUGGCCUGUUACCCAGGUUGGGAGGGGGAGGAAAGUACAGAGUCCCCUUAGAGGAGCUCCAGAAGGCUCCAGGGAGGUGUGCACCAGAAUUCCCCCCAGAUCUGCACCCUAGCUGCUGGCCAUGCUGAGAUGGGUAGCUCAAUAUCUCUCUCUCCUCUAAGGAGGCCCAGGGAAAUCCAGGGUCCCCAUCAUCUGAAGCCACUUUCCAAUAAGGGCCAUGCCAUCGUCUAUUCCAGGAUGGAAGAGGGGAUGGCUGCAGCCACUACUCCAAAGCAAGCCUGGCCCCCCAUCUUUUUCCUGCUCCUCCUGUCUGGGGGGAGUAGCGGCGGCUGCCCUGCUGUGUGUGACUGCACCUCCCAACCCCGGGCAGUGCUCUGUGCCCACCGGCGACUGGAGGCUGUACCAGGGGGACUCCCACUGGACACCGAGCUCCUGGACCUGAGUGGGAACCGCCUAUGGGGGCUUCAGCGGGGAAUGCUCUCCCGCCUGGGCCUGCUCCGGGAACUGGACCUCAGCUACAACCAGCUGUCCACCCUCGAGCCAGGGGCCUUCCAUGGUCUGCAGAGCCUGCUCACCCUGAGGCUGCAGGGCAACCGUCUGCGAAUCGUGGGCCCCAGGGUCUUCUCAGGCCUGUCUUCCCUCACGCUGCUGGACAUUCGCCUCAACCAGAUUGUCCUCUUCCUCGAUGGAGCUUUUGGGGAGCUAGGCAGCCUCCAGCAGCUGGAGGUUGGGGACAACCACCUGGUGUUUGUGGCUCCGGGAGCCUUUGCUGGACUGGCCAAGCUGAGCACCCUCACCCUGGAGCGCUGCAACCUCAGCACAGUGCCUGGCCCGGCCCUGGCCCGCCUUCCAGCGCUCGGGGUCCUGAGGCUCCGGGAAUUAGAUAUUGGGAGGCUGCCGGGAGGGGCGCUGCAAGGGCUGGGGCAGUUAAAGGAGCUGGAGAUCCAUCACUGGCCGCCUCUGGAGGCUCUGGAGCCUGGGAGCCUGACUGGGCUCAAUCUCAGCAGUCUGGCCAUCACCCGCUGCAAUCUGAGCUCGGUGCCCUUCCAAGCGCUGCACCACCUGAGCUUCCUCAGGGUCCUGGAUCUGUCUCAGAACCCCAUCUCUGCCAUCCCAGCCCGGAGGCUCAGCCCCCUGGUGCGGCUCCAGGAGCUCCGACUGUCAGGGGCAUGCCUCACCUCCAUCGCUGCCCACGCCUUCCAUGGUUUGACUGCCUUCCACCUCCUAGACGUGGCGGAUAAUGCCCUUCAGACACUGGAGGAAACAGCCUUCUCUUCUCCAGACAAACUGGUCACCCUGAGGCUGUCUGGUAACCCCCUGACCUGUGACUGCCGCCUCGUCUGGCUGCUCCGGCUCCGCCGCCGCCUGGACUUUGGCACGUCUCCCCCUGCCUGUGCCGGCCCCCAGAACGUCCAGGGGAAGAGCCUGAGGGAGUUUUCAGACAUCCUACCUCCAGGGCACUUCACUUGCCAACCAGCCCUGAUCCGAAAGUCCGGGCCACGCUGGGUCAUUGCAGAGGAGGGCGGGCAUGCCGUUUUCUCCUGCUCUGGAGAUGGAGACCCAGCCCCCAUCGUCUCCUGGAUGAGGCCUCAGGGGGCUUGGCUGGGAAGGGCCGGGAGAGUAAGGGUCCUGGAGGAUGGGACGCUGGAGAUCCGCUCUGUGCAGCUACGGGAUAGAGGGGCCUAUGUCUGUGUGGUCAGCAAUGUAGCUGGGAAUGACUCCCUGAGGACCUGGCUGGAAGUAAUCCAAGUUGAACCACCAAAUAGCACUCUCUCUGACCCCAACACCACCAUGCCAGGGAUCCCAGGGCCUUUCUUCCUGGAUAGCAGAGGCAUAGCUAUGGUGCUGGCAGUCGGCUUCCUCCCCUUCCUCACCUCGGUAACCCUGUGCUUUGGCCUCAUUGCCCUCUGGAGCAAAGGCAAAGGCCGGGUCAAACAUCACAUGACCUUUGACUUUGUGGCACCCCGAGCCUCUGGGGAUAAGAACUCUGGGGGUAACCGGGUCACUGCCAAGCUCUUCUGACCUUUCCUUCCACACUGGGGACCCAUCCAAGCCAGCUUCAGAUACCAAAGGGGAAGAGAACCAAGGCUGCUUGGACCAGAAGCUAGUCCCAAACAGCAUAGAUCUCCCACGCCUCCUGCCUGCACCAUGCCAGCAGCUAAUGCCGCCUCCUGAUAGCCGGCCUCCUUGUGCUUUUGCAGUUUGAGGAUAGCAUUGUCAUCUCUUCCCUGAGGGUCCCAGGAAGCUGAAGAUAUAGACCCUGUAGUCAGCCCAGUCCUUCCCCCACCACAUACAAAGCAGGAAAUAUAACCCUCCAGUCUGCUAGUCUAAGCUCCAGGCUUCCUUCACACCCACCUACACAUACCUUAAUAACCAAUACCAAUCGCCAACCACAGCCAUAGAUUACUUCAGAGAUGGGGCUGGGAAGUGCCACUUGCUUCUUGGAGUCUCUGCUCCUCAACCAGGUGGUCUCUCUCUCUCUUUUCUGCUCUGUCCCCUCUCUAGGGGCAAACAACUAGGGCCAAUGACCUCAAGCUAAGGAGAAGAGGAUGUGACAGGGGGUGUGGGACGGGAAGGAGGACAGACUACACACUGGCACUGAGUGUGCAUGAGCCCCGCCACCUGCCUCUGUCUGUCACAGCAUUAAACCUGUUGCCAAAAGGCCAUGACAGUAGCAGCCACAACUAAAUGUGAUCUCUGGAGAUUUCUUCAGUCUUUUCCACCCCUUAUUUCUGUCAGAUCUCCCCCUUCCUACGCUUUCUGCCUGCCCAUUGAGCCUGUAUCCUAAUGGCCUUGCCUGAAUCUAACGAGCCUGAAAACCAGGGGUUUACGCAAAAGGUUGCCCACCAUGCCUGGAGAGAUCAGCACAGCCAGCCCAUUUCAGUGUCAACCCUUUCCCCUGUACUCUCCCUCUCCGGAGUUGGAGGAGAGAUCCUCUGCCUUCCAAAGGAUCCCUCUGCAAAAAUUUCAACCCAGGGCACCCAGCUCCUUCCCUUCUUUCUCACUCUGGUUGGAAUCUCCCUAACAUUCCUGUAUUGCAGAUCCCUAGUGCCCUUGAUGGAGAAAGCAAGAGCACUCCUAGAAAAUGACUAACAAAAGCAAGAAUCUGCAGCUGUCAAAGGAGAGAGACCCAGAACACAGCAGGACUAGGUUUGAAGGAACAAGGUGGGAGGGGCACUGCAAGCUGUAGUGAAAAGUGGAGGGAAGAAGAAGCAGCAGGAAGCACCUGCCUUUCCACCGUCCUUCAGCAGUUUCCCCUGGUUCCGUGUUCAGUGCAGCCCCGGUGGGAAGCUGUCUUUGGAUAGAGGUCGCUGUCUUAUGGAGACCCCAGAUGCAGAGGCAGAGUGGGAGGAGGAGAUGCUGACUGCCUCUGAGCGUACUCCAAAGAAAGGCCAAAGCAGAGCUAGAAAAAGUAGAGAUGCUGAGAGCUCAAGGGACAGGGCAGCAGCAUCAGCAUCACCGGAAGGGGAGGAGUGAAGGGAGAGGAAAGGAGCAGGGAGGAGGGGCCGAGAAGUGGAGAGUCACGAGGUCCCUAGGAGCCUCUCUCUCUCUCUCUCUCUCUCUCUCUGCAGCAGCAUCUGCACAGCGUCCUUAGUUCCCCUCCACCCUCAAGAGCCCCACCCACCCCUCACCCAACAAUAUGCAAAGCGUCAUCAGCUUCCUAGCCAUUCCUGCUGCCCUUGUCCUUGCCCUGAGGAGACUCAUAAGGAGAUUCCCAGCCCAAACUGUCCCUGACAGGUGAGAGAAGCUGGCGCCAUAUGGGGGCAGCCAGACUUCACCAGCAGGCAAGCUCUUCAGUGGGGCAGAGGUGGGAAUCUGGGGGCAGGGGGCUGUGGGCAGAGGUGAAUGUGAGAGAGAACCCGGCAGUUUGGAGAGUGAGGCUGGAGAAUCACACAAUCUUGAGCAUCCGGAGCCUCCAACCUUGCUCCUGGCACCGUGCACACACAAUUCCCUUAGCAUUGCAGCAACCUCCCCUCUCCAGUUUAUUAGACAGCCCAAAGGUUGUCUAAUAACCUUGGGGCACAGCCCUCUCCCAUAUUUCUAAAAUCUUCCACCAGUAGCUUGUGAGAUUGGGACUUGUGGGGGUCAGGUGCUAGAGGUUCUCAUACUAGUUGCCCAUACUGCAAUUCAGAAAAGGGCAGAAGCAGCAUUGCUGUUCAGAGAAAUCUACUCUGGGAAGCCCCCUGAGGCAGUGGGGAAUGGAUGACAUGUGUCUGGAUUGGGAGAUGCUGCUGCCUGAGUCCCACAGCCGCCAGAGCAGCCCAACAGAAACAGAAUGUGAGUUGCUUAUGUGAUUUCAAGUUUUCUAGUAUCACAUUAAAAAAGCAAAAGAAACAGAUACAAUUAAGUUUAAUACUCUAUUUUAUUUAACCCAGUGUACCCAAACUAUGAUCAUUUCAACAUGUUAUCUAUAUAAAAAUGAGUAAUGAAAUAUUUUACAUUAUUUUUUCAUAUUAGGUCUUUGAAAUCUAGUGUAUAUUUUACACUUACAACACAUUCCAAUUUGAUAACUAAAUUCUCACCAGAAAUAUCUGAUCUGUAGUUAGGUUUCAUAAAAUUCACUGUUGAGAAAGUCAAUUCACACAUCCAAGUUGCUCCAUAUUAAAAGUUUUCCAAUAACUAAAUCAAGUAUUGGUUUUAACAUUUAAAUUAAUUGAAAUUAAAUAAAUUUUAAAUUCUACUCCUCAGUCACACUAGCCAUCUUUCAAGUACUCAGUAGCCACAUGUGGCCAGUGGCUACAAUAUUGGACAGCAGAGCUCCAGACACUGUAACUCUGGGUGUAGACUAGGGCCUCCUCAGCAGAGGUGGGCAAAGUGUCCCUCGAGAAGCACAUUCAACCUAGAGGAAAUGCCUGUGGGGUUCCCCUACUACCACCCCUUGCUCUCCUGACAUGGCCUUUCCAGAACACCUUCAGAGAGGGACGCUAGUUACCGUAACAAGGUUACUGCAAUGAGCACUUCCACAGCUUGUCCAAUCAUCAGAAAGCCAGCCCCUUACCCCAUGUGCCCGGAAAGGCUGCCCUUAGCUCAAGGGUGUGUGUGUGUGUGUGUGUGUGUGUGUGUGUGUGUGUAUGUGUGUGGACAAGUGUGUGACGGCAACCAGGGACACAGGCGGGUGGUGUGUGCACAUGUGCAGGGAUGUUAUGGUCCACACCAGAGGCAAUCCAAUGGCAGCUCUCCCCUGGAGGGACAGUCGUGGAGAUAGAAGAAAAAUAACAUUUAUUCUGUGUUAGUUGGUUACAUGUAUGUUUUCUUAUUUAAUCCUCACAUCAACCCUAUUAAGACAGGGAAUCUUGGCUGAUGGAACUAAAGGUCAAAUAGAUUAACUUGCUCGGGUACACAGAGCUGGUUAGUAAGGGAGCUGCUUCUGGACUCAGGGCUAACUCAAAAUCCAAAUGCUUUCCACCACACUGCCAUACUGCUCAGUCACUGUCUGCUCUUAUAACCCCCUUCCCCAGGGCCUCUCAGCUGCAGGAACUGACCUGUGAGAAAGGUAGAAUCCAGGGGUCAUCCCCAGCCCCACCCACUCUGAACAACUCUUUUAAGGGGAAUGGGGUCAGUUGUUGGUCCUCACCUUCCUUCAGUAACUCUAAUGCACCUGAUUCAGGAAGCUGAGGAUUGGUUGUUAGUUUUUAAUCUUUCUUCUCAGUCUCCCCCAGCAUCCGUCUCUCAGAGAGAGGCAGGAGACUCUGGGUAGGACUUUUGCUCUUAGCAGUGAGUGUGGUGAUGAUUCAGGCCGGCGAGCACGUGAGAUCAGAGGACUCCUGCGUCCUCUUCCUCCAAACUGCUUUGUAAAGGGGAGUUAAGGAAGGAGACUUAGAGCUGGAUGUUGGUGGCCAGAGAAGCUGAGGAGAAUGUCUCUCUCCUAGGACACCCUGCCACAAUUCAUCAAUCUGAUCAAAAGACGAAAGAGUAGCACCAGUAUAAUUUCUGAUACUAAGGCCCACAUUCCCAGUUGCUGGUUUCUGGUGAAGAGACUUGAGUGACGGGGGAAGAAGGGGUGAUUCCUACAAUGGACAAAGGGAGUGUGCUGUUUUCCAAAACCUCAGAUAGCUGAAUAUCAUUUGAAUAGUUUACACGUUAUCCAGGAAGGGAACUCUGUAAGCAGCCAAGGCUCUAAACAAGGCUACUGCGUUUGAGAACCCCUCCCUGCCCAGCCCUUUAGCUAAAGUCUACUUUCCUGCUUUGGCUUACCGAGUGGAAACACCUGCCCACUGCACUCUCCGGACAACCCACACUCUAUGUCAAUUAGUUUCACCUACUGCCACCUGCACCUUGUUCAGAACACCCUUCAGGGAAACAGAACUGGACUCUUCAGAGCGGGAGAUGAGAAUAAAGAAAUCACAAUUCACCCAAUCCUAGUCUCUCACAACUCAAUCUUUGAAUCCUGGUUUGGGCUCUUAGAGGGGGAAUGAGAUGACAAAUCCCAAAUACACAGUGACUUGAGAGUGAUCAUCUCACCUAAAGUUAUCCUUUCUACUCCCCAGUCUCCCUACCCAACCAACUAAAAGUCCACCCUCCUUCAGAAAAUUUCCAGGAAAAGUGAUUACACCUGGCUUUUCACUGCUCUGAUUAAGAAAUUAAUCCUGUGGUUUAAUUUUUAAUUUUAAUCCCUCUUUUUGGACUUCCACUUCAUUUCCUCUUCUUUGCUCACCAGCUCCCAUUGGAGCUGGAAGAUGAUGAGCCCAUAAAGUAGG